CCAUCAUCUGUCCCUUAGCUCCCACAUCCAUUACAGGGCAGGACUGAUAGCAUUUGCAUGUAGACCGAAAGAGGGACAGAAAGAGAGGGAGGGGGAGAGAGAGAGAUGUAGGAGAGUGAAGCAGGGGGAGGCGGAGGGAGCAUAUGACACAAAGGAGAGGGAGAGAGAGAUCGGAGCAUUAGAGAUAGGAAGAGGGAGAGGGAGGCUGCAGAUAUCGAUGGUGUUAACGAUGGAGCGUUAGGAUCCAGGGAGGUGACAGUUAGCCAGACCCACGGCUGGGGGUAAAGACAUUUGAGGAGGGGGGACUCCUCCUCGGUGAGCUCAGGGGGAGGCGGAGGGAGGAGGAGGAGGAGGAGGAUGGGCCUCGAACACAGACUUGCAAUGGCACUGCAAAAAUUGGAUUAAAGCAGUAUGCUGGACAAGAGUGAGGUGGCAACUCUAGGCCUGCCCUCCACUACCAGCCAUGGAGGCUCUGACACCAACAUCAGCAUGGACGGAGCGGGGGCAGCAGCGGCGGUGGGGUCGGUGUCUGGGGGCAUGGCGGGGGGAGCGGAAGGUGCUGUGGCCGGUGAGCCGCAGCGGACACGUGCUGCUCUGGAGCAUCUGCAGCAGAAGAUCCUAAAGGUCACCGAGCAGAUUCGCGUGGAGCAGGAGGCGCGUGACGACAACGUGGCGGAGUACCUGAAGUUGGCUCACAACGCGGACAAACAGCAGGCGUCCAGAAUCAAGCAAGUGUUCGAGAAGAAGAACCAGAAAUCGGCACAGACUAUUGCGCACUUACACAAAAAACUAGAGCACUACCACAAGAAGCUGAAGGAGAUAGAGCAGGUAAGUACAGUGACAGCGCAGUUUGGCCAGCACGAGUUCCAGCCUCACGUGGACCCGUGUAGUAAACUGGGCAGGGUCCGAGCCGGUUCCAGCGCCGCCCGGGCAUGA